GUAUCAUGCCUCUGAGGUUUGAGAUGUUGGAAACAUUGAAAUAUUCCCAAAUUUGUGAAAAGUGUGUAUUCUGUGACCCUUCUGUUAGAGAGGGGUGAUCAUAGACCAAAUAUGGCAUUUUUUUCAUUCAUCAAGGCCUAUUUUUAACCAUAAUUCAUAUUUAUUGCACCUAUUUUAGUUUAUAUGUGCAUAUGUUAGCCAGGGAUGGUAAAACAUAGCUGUUAGACAGAUUCCUUUGGUAAUGUAAGUUCUGCAACCAUAGAUUAGAUUAAUUCAAUCAGUGGCAUGUUCAGGGGGUAGGCAUACAUGUUUCAGUAUAGAUCUCUAAUAUUACAAUCAUUGCAACUGGUUUGCAUUUUUUCUGUUUGCAUAUUGUCCACAGAUUCUAAAAAUAUAUUUCUUGUCCGUCCGGAUAUUUAAAAAAGUGGAAAAUUAUUGGUAUUUUGAGAGAUGCUACAUGUAAAUUUUGUACAUUUUUCAUCACAUGGCAGUAAAAAAUUAUAUUUUUGAAAAAAAUUCCAAAUUAUGAGUGUUUUCUAUGUAGUUUCUUUGUAACUUGUCUAAUUUUUUCACAGAACUCAGAUACUGCCUUUAAUAAGAAAGAUUUUUAAAUUUUAGCACAAAAGGCCUAUGGACCUGAGAUGCACCAGUGUACAUAAAGCAGCAUGUGUACUUAAAGGGCCAUCAUUUUUACAGUUAUUCUUUGAUUUUGAUUUUCUUUCACCGGCAUGUUGCCAGAACACAUGGGAAGGAAAUAAAAAAGGCCUUUUGGUGAUACCUGAAGUUUCACCCCUAUAUAGGACACAGAUCACCAAAUAUUCCUACGCCGUCACCCACGAAACAAGGGCCAAAGCUAUUUUUAGUCUUCCUCUCCCUUUUCCUUUUUCCCCCUUUUGCGUGGCGAUUUUUGUUGACUUUUUGGUGUAGAAUUGAGGAAAAGGGUUUGAAAAUACAUUUUCUGCCAGGUUUUGGUGAAUAUUCAUAAUUUUGAUGCGGAAGGAUACAAGAGUUGAGAGGUUGGUUACGUUGAAAUGUAGGGCCUGAAAUUGCAUGUUUACUUGUCUCUACUUCCAGCUUGUGUAUCUCAAGUUUUUCAUGAAGAACCUCAUACGUGCUUUUGGGCAAGUGGUUGCCACAUGUUGCUCCAUCUGUGGUAGAAAGCGUUCUACCCAACGAAAAUUUGGGAAAAAGUUAGAGCCGGUCUAAGAUACGAGAAUUAACAUUGGAGUCAAUGGGGAAAUCUUUAGUGAUCUGUGUCCAUAAGAUUAGGCCCCCUACUUCCUGUUAAACACAAUACUUCUACUUUCGGGUAUUAUUUCCAGGAAAACAACGUACUUUCACUUUCUGUUUAUUAUUCAGCUUACACAGUUGUUACAAAUGGGGAGGAUAAACACAUCGUAAUUAAGGUCCUUAAAGGAAGUAAAAUGGGUCUUGAUGAAUUUAUUGAACAGCUGACAUUUAUCCCAAGUUUCUUCACACUGGACACGUCCAGCCUUCAAACUAGUAAACUACAAACUAUGAAAGUUAAAAUGGAUGAACAGGAACAAAAUAAAUUCACUGAAACGGUAAACAAUAAUCUGGCAUCAUUUCUGAGUUUUCUUUACAAAGACUUUGGUGCCUGUGAAACUAAAAACUUGUGCGUUUUAGAGAAGAAUCCGCGGAACAUCCAAGGAAAUGUCAUGAAGGCUGUCCUCUAUUGUCAAAUGGACAGGCCUUCCGCGGCACAAAAUGAAUUUACAAAACUGAAAGAAUUAAGCGAAGACGAUUAUUUGAUGACCGAGGCUAAAGCGGAAAAUGCUUAUGCGUACUCGAGAAUGGGUCCAGAAUAUUAUAAGAAAGCCACAGAAUUAUUUGACGACGUUAUUCAAAAAUAUCCAGAACAAUAUGCCUGGAAAUAUCGCAUGGCACUAACUAUACGUAGACGCCAACAUCCAGGCGUUUUGGGCUUAUUACCGGCAAGUGACCCCGUAGAAAACUUCCACAAAGCUAAACAGAUUUUUGAAGAUAUAAUCGAGAAUGGUGAUGAUAAGGUUUUAAAAGCCUUGUCUUUUAUUGGUCUAGCCUAUUUACAUUAUGGAUAUUGUGCUGAGAAAAUUACUUUGAGCGACAUGGAACUUAAAACAGAAGAAGCUGUUGAAGCAAAGGCAAUUGGAUAUUUAAACAAGGCUGAACAACUCGCUGGUGAUGAUCAAAAGGUGUUGACAGAAACUGGUCGCUUAAGGAGAAAAUUAAAACAGUUACAACCUGCAAGGGAGGUAUUGGAAAAGGCGAUGGAAAUACAACCAACCACUAUAUGUUGUCACCAUCUUGCUUUAACAAUCAGAGAUAUUGAUGGGUAUACUCCAUUAGUGGUCGACUACUUGACACAAGCCGUAGAAUUAAGUGAAGGACUCAACCAACCCGCGAUGGAGGAAUUAGGUAUCGCUCAUAUGAAGUCCGGUGAGCCUGAUUACGACAAAGCUCUCCAAUAUUUCAGGAAACUAGCUGACGAAAAUGACUAUUAUUGGCAAAGACAGGGCAACGAAAGAUCAUCCAAUUGUUAUAAAUUACUGGCGAGAGGCCAGGGCAAUUCCCCACAAAAAGAAAAAUGGUACCAGGAAUGCAAUCGCUGCAGAAGAGAAUGCAUUGUUAGUGCUGUUAAGCUUCAUCUUAGAAAUGGCAAAGCCUCGGAGAUAGAAAAGGUUUCUGUGAAGGAUUUGUUCUGUGAUUCUAUUGAGUACACUGAUGACCGUAGUUCGACCUUAGAUCAGGUUAAACGACUCCUGAAAUUUUAUAAACGGUCUCUCGGAUUUAUGAGUAGUAUCAACCAGGCUUACAGGGGAAGGGAUAUUAAUGACGCUUUCAAAAAAUUGCUAUACAAUUUUUUAGACUUAAAGAGCUAUUAUGACUGUUUGGAUUUAGCGACUAUACUGGUGGUAACAGAUAUACCAGAUAUAGAGAAGGUAGCCGUAGAGGUGAUGAUGGACAUUGUUGAACAAACGGCUGAUCAGAUAGACAAAACAGACCUAGUAAAAACCUGCUUCGAACGAGCGAUGCUGAUUUCUUACAAUGUUAACGAUGUCGAUUCACAUGUCCGCGUUAUCUAUGACAUCACAACUUGUAAGGUAGAGGCCGAUUUGAUUAAGGAGUUGCUGGUAGAAGUAGGGUUAAAGGUAACGAAGAAUCAAGAGGAUAUUAUUCAGUUCAAAGACAAAACGCAGGCCCUGUUGACGGCCAUGUCGUUUCACAAUAUCGUGGUAUUGUGUAUUUUUAAAAAUAAUAACACGAAUUUAGUGGAAGAUUACCCGAUUAACACCCUUCCUCAAGAUCAACCGGUUAUUAUUCCAUUGGUUGUCAACAGUAGUCAAGUAUCCCCGGUCUUAUGUGAUAUCCCGUCUUUCAAAUUCCAGGGCCGUAACCAUUCGAAGAGAACCUGGUUGAAAGAAUUUGGGAACAGGGUAUUUAAAACUGGUGCUAAAAUAUAACGGGCCAAAAGUAUAUUGCGUUUAAAUUAUGUUCAAAUUUGAUUCUUAAUUUAAAGUGUACCAAAAUAUGUUGUAAUAGUUAAUACGCUCAAUAUUUGAUUUAUUAAUAUAUUGUAGUCACCUUGUAAUUACCCUAGAGCUUACAAUUAUUGGUGGAUUUAUAUAGAUAGGUCAUCUAGUCUGAGGCAGUGCCUCCCUUCUUUUUUUUCUCUUUUUGGUAAAAUAUUUAUUCAAUUUAAAAGUCUUGUAGCAAUUGUAUAAAGAGUAUUAUUAGUAACAGUUUAACAUUUGUUGCAUAUUAUUAUUAUUUUAAUUCAUUUUAUUAAAUAUACUACAAUAAUAACCAUGUAUAUCUACAAAACUGUUUUUAUAACAUUGGUCCCUUAAAGCAGGGAUAGUACAAUAUAAAAAAAAUUAUAUUUUCAUAAAACUUCGUCAUUUCUCCAGUGAAAUA